UAAAAAAGUCGUAACUUGGAACCCUCCUCGGCUUCUUCCUCUCUCUCUCCUUUGCCAGGUUCAGGGUCCAGCGAAUAGGGAAAGUUACCCUUUUUGCUAGUAUUGAAACAGUAAGUUUCCCGGCGGUGGAUGGAUAGUAUACCCGGAUGGCAGGUGGCGGUGUUCGGUGGUGUUGUGACAUGGAUUGUCCUCUCUUCAAUGCUUCAGCUUACUCAGAGACUUAGAUCGCUCGCACAACCUUGGGUUUUGUAUCAUGUUGCAUCAGGCAUUCCUAUUAUCAUACGGAUCCAGAAAUACAAAAAUCGAUGGUUAGAUAUCUUUUUCUCAGUUCUUUCGUGUGUCGUUUCUGUUCCUUUCUACACUGCUUUUCUUCCGGUGCUCUUCUGGAGUGGGCAUGGGAAGUUGGCUCGGCAGAUGACUCUAUUGAUGGCAUUUUGUGAUUACAUAGGGAACUGUGUUAAGGAUAUUGUAUCAGCUCCAAGACCAAGCUCUCCUCCUGUUAAGAGAGUUACAGCUACAAAAGGGGAGGAAGAAAAUGCUUUGGAAUAUGGAUUACCUUCUUCUCAUACUCUUAACACAGUAUGCUUAUCUGGAUAUCUUUUAUAUUAUAUCAUAUCUUAUGGUGAAGAAUUGGAUGUUUAUGUUCAAUUCACUGCAUUUUUCAUGGUUUGCGGUUUUGUUGGUCUGAUUGGCUUAGGAAGGAUUUACCUGGGAAUGCAUAGUCUGAUUGACAUCAUUGGUGGCCUGGCUUUUGGAUUGGCAAUUCUUGCAUUUUGGCUUGUUGUAGAUGAUUAUAUUGAUGUUUUUGUAGUUUCAGGCCAAAAUGUGACAUCGUUUUGGACUGCCCUCAGCUUCUUGUGGCUUUUUGCUUACCCAACACCAGAGCGUCCAACCCCAAGCUUUGAGUUUCACACAGCAUUCACUGGUGUUGCCCUCGGAAUUGUAUCGGGCGUCCAACAAACCUUCCAGGAAUUCCAUCACGAAAAUGUAGCACGAUUAUUUACACCCAGUCUGACAAUCCCUGUGUUUGUGGAGAGAAUAUUUGUGGGAAUCCCGACCAUCCUGAUAGUUAAGUUCUGCAGCAAGGCUCUUGCCAAAUGGAGUCUCCCGAUUCUUGCAAACGCGACAGGAGUUCCAAUUAGGUCAAGUGGCUAUAUCCCAGCACUAGUGAAUGCCGCCAAUAGUACCACCUCUUCUUCCUCUUCCUCUUUAGGGAUGGCAGAAAAAAGGUUGGAUGAACAACCACAACAAAAAAGGCAAACAGGUUACAUUCAGAAGGUGUUGGUUUCAUUAUCGUUUUCGGCAGCCCAUGAAUCAUUUGAUGUUGACACGGGUAUUAGAUUUGUUCAAUAUGUGGGUCUUGCAUGGUCUGUCGUGGACCUUGUGCCCUCUUUGUUUUCUCAACUGAGCUUGUGACACCCCACGCCCACGUAUUCUUUACUUUUCCAUCGCGGUGCAGACUUACCAUUCUUAAGUAAGAUAUAUACUUGGUUACGCAGUA